AUGUCGAACGAGCCUUUUUACCUCCGCUACUACUCAGGUCACUCUGGGCGGUUCGGACAUGAGUUUCUAGAAUUCGAUGUCCGCACCAUCGCCGAAGGAAACAGUGCCGCAGUACGAUAUGCGAACAACUCGAACUACCGCAAUGACUCGCUCAUCCGCAAAGAAAUGUGUGUGAGCGAAGCCAUGAUCAAAGAGGUCAAGCGCAUCAUUAAGGAGAGCGAGAUUCUUAAGGAAGAUGACUCGAAAUGGCCCCAGAAGAACAAGGAUGGGCGUCAGGAAUUGGAGAUCCGUCUUGGAAAUGAGCACAUUUCCUUCGAGACUGCGAAAAUCGGCUCGUUGGUGGAUGUGACCGAAUCAGCCGACCCCGAGGGACUGCGAGUUUUCUACUACUUGGUGCAGGACCUCAAGGCGCUCGUUUUCUCCCUGAUUUCUCUUCACUUCAAGAUCAAACCCAUCUAA